GAACAACAAAGUCUUCGAGUAUCGUCGCUCCCGCAUUUCUCCGGUGGAGGAGGAAGAAGACGAAGAAUCUAGAAUCUUCGAUCGAUCUCGAUGGCUGAAGGCGGCGAAGAUCCGCAGCGGCUGAAGCGUAUUGCGGCGGCGGCGUACGACUACGAAAAUGACUCGAGGUGGGCGGAUUACUGGUCCAACAUCCUCAUCCCUCCUCACAUGGCUUCUCGCCCCGAAGUCGUCGAUCACUACAAGCGCAAGUUUUACCAACGUUACAUCGAUCCUGACCUUGUUGUGGAGCCUAUGUCCUCAACUUCAUCAUCUUCUUCGCAAUCUGCCAGACCGUCUGCUUCAUCAUCCGCUUCAACAAAUGAACAAGCUCGGCCACGUAGCUCAGGAACAGUUCCUAGAACGUCUGGAGCAUCAGCUACUGCAGGUGCAAAUCCAACUUCUGUGCGCUGGGAUCGGCAGACGAUUCAAUUUUCUGUCAAUGCUUGGGUGCUUGUUGUAGCUGUCCUUGCAGUGUUUCCUGUUGUGCCGAAGAAUCUCUCAAAUAGGGCUUAUCGGCUAUCCUUCAUGGGAACUGCAUGUUCUUCUCUAUAUUCAUUAUACUCCCUAUAUGGGGGGCCAAGAGCGUGGAAUAUGCAGGCGUUGCAAGGUUAUUUUCAGUCAAUUGUUGGAGCCAAGGAUUUCAUCUAUUUCAUCUACUGCCUUACUUUUGUCACAUCACAUCUCACUCUCAAAUUUGCUUUGAUACCCAUCUUGUGUCGAGCUCUUGAACAUGUAGCCAAGUUCUUGAGACGCAACUUUGCUCGUUCCACUAUAUACAGGAAGUACUUGGAAGACCCUUGUGUGUGGGUAGAGUCGAACACGACUACCCUCAGCAUCCUCUCAUCACAGGCUGAAAUUGCAGUUGGAUUCCUCUUGAUUAUCUCUUUGCUCUCAUGGCAACGCAACAUUAUACAAACGUUCAUGUACUGGCAGCUGUUGAAGCUGAUGUACAAUGCGCCAGUGACGGCUGGGUACCACCAGAGCACGUGGGGUCGGAUCGGCAGGACGGUGAAUCCCAUCAUCCAACGCUACGCCCCCUUCUUGAACUCUCCGGUCGCGGCCAUACAGAGAUGGUGGUUCAGGUGAAUGCCUUGCAGAGAGAGAUAGAUAGAUAGAUAUGAAGCUGUUUCAUAUGGAUUUAGUGGCAUCACCCUUUUUUUUUCCCGUAUUUUCUUCCUAUUACAAAGAUUUUCACUGACAAGUGUUUCAUGUUUACGUAAUAAUGUUGGAUAGCAGUAAUCACAUUGUUACAAAACAUUCCCUUUGCUUGCUUUUGAACAAAACCAAGAAUGGUUGGAACAUGAUGA